AUGUCCAACAUUCCACAUCCCGGCCUGUUUCCCGAAUCAUCGGGGCCACCUCCACCCUCGCACAACUUUUCCCUAUAUUUUCUAUCUCUGGCCGCCUUUGUCCCAGCAUCCAUCUCGAUCGCGCUUUUGUACCGAGCGGCUUCCCAUGAGGACGACAACAAUCCCAUCCUGCUUUUGUUUGCACUCAUGAUUGCUCUCGGGGCUACCUUGAUUAGCUGGAUGGUGGGGAACAUGGUCGACACCAACCUAUCCGCCGGCGCCAUGCAGGUCUGGCUUCUCGAAUCGGCCACGCAAAACCAUCUAAAUUCCAUCUCCACAAUGGCCAAGAGCAUCGAGGCGGAGGAGCCCGACAACGCACUGGUGCAAAGCCUGCCGCUGCGGCUUUGCGAUCUGAGGGGCGAGCAGCUGGCGGCCGAGGGGGAGUACGGCGUGUUUGCGAUGCGCUCCGACGGGCCAAGAGUGCGAGGCCAGCAGAGGGUCUGCGACGAGCUGCAGGCCAUAUGCCACGAGGUGGAAGUGGAGGUUCGGGCGGCCAGUAAACGCGGGCGCGAGCGCCACGUGGAAUCUCUAAAGGGGGAGCAGUAA